AAAUAUAUCGGUGAGUUUACGCGAUCUAUUCUCCUUUGCGGCGGCCUUGUAGUAGAGUCAACAAAUUAACACUUUGCAGUAUCUCAGGAUUUCUGUGUAAUCAAUUGUCACAUACAAGAAAUCAAGAAAGUUACAUCCGUAAUUGCAAUCAAAGUCAACUAAUUUGAAUGGCAUUGGUUGUAAUAUGUGGCCAGCCAUGUAGUGGGAAGUCAAUGGCCGCUCAAUGCCUGUCUGAAGCUCUGAAGGAUGUAGAAUCUAAACCUAAUGUCAGAAUUAUAGACGAAACCUCCUUUCAUCUUGAUCGUAAUCAAACCUAUGCAGAAAUGACCUCGGAAAAAAAUUUAAGAGGUGUUCUUAGAUCUGAAGUCGAUCGAUCCUUAUCAAAAGAUAACAUCAUUAUAGUGGAUUCCCUAAACAGCAUAAAGGGCUACAGAUAUGAGUUAUGGUGUCUGGCACGCGCUGCAGGCAUUAGGCAUUGUGUUCUUCACUGUGAUGUUGAAGAAACUCAUUGUAGAAACUGGAAUAAAGAACGCAGGGAAAAAAGUGGAAUUUCAUAUGAUGAUCCUAUAUUUGACGAUUUAGUAAGAAGAUUCGAGAGACCUGAUAGCAGAAACCGAUGGGAUUCACCUUUAUAUGAGAUAUGGCCAUUUAAAGAAGGAAUAGAGAAGUCUUCUCCUGCUAUUAUAGAUCUUGUAUCUUACAUAACCAAAAAAGUGGACUCAAAAACAAAAGAUGUUAAAAUCUUGCAGCCGACGAUAGCAACACAGAGUGCACGGUUCUCAGAGGCUAAUUCACUUUAUGAAAUGGACCGAGCCACACAGGAGGUGGCUAGUGCUAUUGUUGAGGCUCAGUCAUUAGCCAUGGGUGGCCCUGUGACUGGACUCUCUCUUAGCCCAGAAUUACCAACCAUCAAUAUGUCAAGAUCAGUUGGGUUACCUGAACUUCGGAGGCUGAGAAAGACUUUCCUAAAGUUGACGGGUCAAUCUAGCUUAAGUGGGCCACCACCACCUUCGGAUGCUGACAGUGCAAAGAGAAUGUUUAUUGACUACUUGAACAGAGAAAUCGGAAGUGGAUGAAGAAUGAAAAUGUUGCUGGCUGUUUUGACAUCACAACUGAUUUUUGAUGGUAAUUUCUUAAGCUUUAUAUGUUAUAUUUCCAAAAGGAUUGCCUGGGUGAUCGACUUCUUUAAUAUCAACAUUUUGGCUUUUCAUUGCA